GGCAGCCGUGCCCGCCGCGCCUCGGGGUGGGCAGCCCGGCUGGCCCCCUCCUGCCGCCCGGCCUCCCCGGGGACCCUCCCUCCCUCUUUCCCUCCCUCCCUCCCUCCCUCGCCGCCCCCCAAGAUGCUGUUUUGGCACACGCAGCCGGAGCACUACAACCAGCACUCGACCGGCAGCUACCUGCGAGAUGUCCUUGCACUGCCGAUCUUCAAGCAGGAAGAGCCGCAGCUGUCUCCUGAGAACGAUGCCAAACUGCCACCCUUUCAGUACGUCCUCUGCACAGCCACGUCGCCUGCUGUGAAACUGCAUGAAGAAACCCUGACCUACCUCAACCAAGGUCAGUCUUAUGAAAUCCGUCUACUUGAGAAUAGGAAAUUGGGAGAGUUUCAAGAUUUAAACACAAAAUAUGUAAAGAGCAUCAUUCGUGUAGUUUUCCAUGAUCGACGCCUGCAGUACACAGAGCAUCAACAGCUUGAGGGCUGGAGGUGGAGUCGGCCUGGGGACCGCAUCCUUGAUAUAGAUAUUCCACUGUCAGUUGGUAUCUUGGAUCCCAGAGCCAGCCCAACCCAGUUGAACACUGUUGAAUUUCUGUGGGAUCCAUCAAAGAGAGCCUCAGCAUUCAUUCAGGUACAUUGCAUCAGCACAGAAUUUACUCCACGAAAACAUGGAGGAGAGAAAGGGGUACCCUUCCGUGUACAAAUCGACACCUUUAAGCAGAAUGAAAAUGGUGAAUAUACAGAACACUUGCAUUCUGCAAGCUGCCAGAUCAAAGUGUUCAAGCCUAAAGGAGCAGACAGAAAACAGAAGACUGACAGGGAAAAAAUGGAGAAGAAGACCACCCAAGAGAAGGAGAAGUAUCAGCCUUCCUAUGAGACAACAAUUCUCACAGAGUGCUCUCCCUGGCCAGAUGUGCCUUAUCAAAUGAACAAUGCUCCAUCUCCAAGCUACAACAGUUCUCCCAACAGCUUCAACCUUGGAGAUGGCAACAGUUCUCCAACCCACCAAGUGGAGCUCCUGCCUCCCAGCAAUGAUCAUCUCCUUCCUUCUGCUUCUAUUCAAGAUGCCCAGCAGUGGCUUCAUCGUAAUAGGUUCUCUCCAUUCUGUAGACUCUUCUCAAGUUUUUCGGGUGCUGACUUACUGAAGAUGUCCAAAGAAGAUUUUGUUCAAAUCUGUGGGCCUGCUGAUGGAAUUCGGCUCUUUAAUGCAAUCAAAGGAAGAAAUGUAAGGCCAAAGAUGACAAUUUAUGUCUGUCAAGAACCAGAACAAAACAGGUCCCAUCUCCACCAAAAACGAGAAAAUGGAGAUGGCAGUCUUUGUGUAUAUCAUGCAAUCUUCUUGGAAGAAUUGACCACACUGGAAUUAAUUGAAAAGAUUGCAAACUUGUACAGCAUUUCUCCACAGCAGAUAAAUCGAAUCUAUCGGCAGGGACCCACAGGGAUCCAUGUAUUAGUGAGCAAUGAGAUGGUGCAGAACUUCCAAGAUGAAUCUUGUUUUGUUAUCAGCACAUUAAAAGCUGAAAGCAAUGAUGGCUACCACAUCAUUUUAAAAUGACUGUGCUGCAUAGAAAGACUUUAACAGCCUAAAAUUUAGUGCCUCACUGAGAUUGCUACAACCUAGACUGGAAACAUGAAGAACCUUCUGGAUAAAAUGCUCCUAUGAACUAAGAAUUACCAAGCAGCUUAAGAAAAAACUUGCUUUUACAGAUAUACAUUUUUGGUGUUGUGUGGUUUUGGUUUUGUUUGUUUUUUUUUUUUUUUUUGUUUGUUUGUUUGUGGGUUUUUGUUUUGUUUUGUUUUGGUUUUUUUUGAAGCUGGAGCUGAGAACAUCCUCAAAGCUUGUACUUGUUUCUUCCUCCCUCCCUUCCUCUUCAGUCUUAAAAAUUGUCGAGGUUUCUGCUUAUUACUUAGAAACAUCUGCCUUGUACUAAAGGGAAAUGAAAGAUAAACAAAAUCCAAUUCUCUAGAUGCCUCAUGGUUGGGUGAAUUGAUUUAUUUACUGUUCUGAGUGCUCUCUUGCUUUCAACACACACCCUGUUGUUGAUGGACAUAGGUUCCCUGGGGGUCCUCUUUUACUCUUUGAGGUGGAAGGCCUGGGGCUACAUCCAAAACCAGACUGGGCAAUGCAGAGGAUGGAUUUGGUGCUCAGUCCUCACCCAGAGUGUCAACCCUGGAAGCCUGCUCUUAACGGUUCUUCACAUGUAGACGUGCUCAAAGUCCAUAGACCUUGGUCCCUCCUGACAGAGCUUCUGUAAUACCCAUCCAACAGAACAAUUUUGCAGGGUUCAAGGGAGGACAGACAACCUGAGGCAAACAGUUCAGGACCAUACUGUAUCUUUAGCUUUAGAGUAGUCUCCUUGAAUGGAGUAUAUGAAGGGUUUCUGAAGAAAUGUUUUGAACGUUGAAAGUUAUAGAGCUCAUGACAAAUUCAUAUUUUGGAUUUUUUAUACUCUAUAUAGUGUUGAUUAACUUCUAUCUUUGCUGUAACUGGAAAUUAGGUUUUAUAAUCUUAAUGGGUUUUCCUUCUGUUACUCACUAAAGUAAGACUUUUGAUUGAGUCCAAGUAACAGAUCAUCUUAGUUGCCACUUAUAUUCUUGCUAUUUCACUCUUAACUUCUGUUUCCAAUAUCUGCAACUAUGGUCAACUCUACCCUCCCUUGGUCUUUUGGGAUGCCACCCAGGCUCCACUAAGCUGAAAAAGUGGCUUCCAGUGAUGUCAAAGGCAAACUGGAUCACACCCUUCUUGCAUGGAUAGAGUAAUUUCACUUUUGGCAGCUAAUUAAUAAGACUGUUUCCCAAACUGAAUGUCCAUAUAGCAUUGAAUUCUGGUACUUGAACAUUAAAUUUCUUCCCAAAUUGAGAUGGAAAGCUGAAAUACCAAAAUUUUUCCUGGAAUGGAAAUUUUUCAAAAAAUGAGAAAUUGUCAGCUGGAAAAUGCUGAAUAAAAUGUUCUAGCCCUUUGAAAUGGAAACAUUUAAUUAAAUCCAUUUGGCCCUUAAGGCAGCAUCAGUUUGAGCUACUGUUGCAGACCUCAGAAAUUACCAUUCAAGUGCCUUGUGUGCCGUUUCUCCCUUGGGGCUAAGCUCUUUGGCUGGCUUACAGAUCCCAUGAUACUCUUACCAUGGGUUAGUCAAAGGGGGAAUGCGUCAUGAAGGCUGGAGGGGUGCCCAGGAACCCAGCCUUCUGGGAAAGAGGGGGACAUGGAUCCCAUGAAUUACAGCUCCCAGCUGACACUGGAGGAAUUCAGGCAGACACGGACUGAUAGUUUUCUGACAAAAAUGAUGUGUUUCAAGCUUUCCCAACAGAAAUAAACAGCAAAAUAUUGAGAAAAGCAACCUUUUUUUCAUUAAAAGCAUCGAGUUUUGCGCAAAAAAAACCCACCCAUCCCACUGAUUUUUUUUUUUUUUUACACCAAAAAUAAUACUAGAAUAGAAAAAUUGUGUUACAAUGGGGAAAACCUUCAGCUAAUUGAGUAACAGUGCCUACUUAGGCAUGAUCUUGCUCAACUGGGUGUCCUGGAUGCUCCAUGAAUUGUAGUGUUUCUCCAAAAAGAAUGCCUAGGCUUUGGGACAUGAUGAUUCCUCCCCCUGAAGUGAAGGAGCUUGAGGCUUCUUGGUUGAGUUGUGUAGGUGAGGAGGCUGUCAGUGGUCUCCUGGCAGAGAGGGGAGGUCAGACAGAGGCCAAAGGGAGCUUUGGGGGAAGAAAUGCCUUUGUGGAGAAUGGGAAAUUCCAUCUUUUUGAGAGGAAGGAGACACCUUGUCAAGCUUCAUGCUGCUGUGGUGCCUGUGUCACCUGCCUGGCUUUGCAGCCUGCUCCGCACUGCCGUGCAGGUUGCGGCCAGUUACAGCUGCUUUGCAAAACAGGGAAUAAAUUCCAACUGUGUUUUGUGAGUAAGUGGGACCAAUGUGCUCCUGCGUACCAGGAGCUCUUUGGUUUAUUUUGUGGAAAGUGCUUUGGAAGAUGGAUGUUGGCUGUGCUUUUUCAUCCUGUUUUGUAAUACUGGCACAAUAUAUACCAUAGCUGUUGCUGGCAUGCAACUUGGAGAGAUGAAUAUGACCUGAUGAAAAUGACUUUAAAAAGACCAUGGAGUGGCCAGGAGUGUAGCCUGUACUGUAUCCACUUACAUGUGAUAGCUCUGUAAUUCAGGUGACACAGCAAUACUGAAACACAGCCAUGUGAAGAAAGGAUAGAGGUAGCUUUGCUUCCAGAGUUAGGGAUUGAGAACUGUUCGCUUACUGAAAAAAAUAUAACUUGUUCUUGAUUAUUUAAAAUACAAAUCUUGCCCAUAAGGAAUUAUAUGCAAAAGUCCUCAUAGUGUUUCAGUUACACUUGCUCAAUUAAUUUUGAACAAAAGUAAUUCUUCAUUAGGGCCUUGUUAAAUUUAGAUUUUUAAAAAUAAAAUAACUUUAUACAGAUAUGAGGAUGAAUUUGACAAUAUAUCUUGUUCUCCUUUCCAUGCUGUAAGAAGGUAUACCAGAGUAAAUAAUCUCAUAAAUUAUAAAUACUGUCCUACUGGGUGGGCUCCACUGAUUUAUCUGUGUUAGACUGUUUGUAAAGCUGUGUAACUUCAGUGUGUGUGUAAGGUCUACACUCACUUGACAGAGUAGUUCUAGUCCUUGUUGAAGCUCUGUAGUCCUAUCAGAAAUUUGGAGGGUUGUGGUUACGUAACAUACACACCCAUGAAGACAUAGCACAGCUAGGUUGGUGUCCAGAAGAAUGUCAAGUUACUUCAGCUUAGAAUCAUAAAAUAUCUUGAGGUGGGAGGGACCCACAAGGAUCAUUGAGUCCAACUCCCUGUUCCUCACAGCACUACCUAAAACUAAACCAUAUGACUGAGAGUUGUCCAGGUGCUCCUUGAACUCUGACAGGCUUGGUGCUGUGACCACUUCCUUGGGGUGCCUGUUCCAGUGACCAACCACCCUCUUGGUGAGGAACUUAUUCCUAAUGUCCAGCCUGAACUUUCCCCAAUGCAGCUUUCUUCCAUUCCCUCGUGUCCUAUUGAUGGUCACCAGUGGGAGGAAUCAUCAUCUCCCCCUCCGCUGCCUGCCUCGAGGAAGGUGUAGACUGUGGUGCAGUGCUGGGUGUCAGGAAAACGUGUUGCGUGCUUUUCCCUUGUUGCAUGAUGCUGCAUAAGCAACCAGUGGUUCUGUAUGAGCAAACUGGCCAUGAGCCAUCAUGGCUGAGCAGCUAGUGCUAGUGGUCAAAGCAACGCUGGUGUGAGAUUGGACUGCUGACAAACCUUCCCCUCUGCCUCCCAAAAACAUAAGAGCAAACCCUUGCCCUGUUGAAGUUGGUGAGAUUGUCCAUGCAGGAUCCAAGAAAAGCCUUCAGGAUUUAUGGUAGUGGCUUAUUUCAGGAGUGAGAGAAAGAGACUUGUCUCACCUGUGUAAGAGGCAGGUAAUCUUGGACUCUCCCUGUGGUUAUAGAGGGUCUGCCAUCACCAGAGAGACUUAUUUUCCCUGUUUGAGGAUGUGACAGCUUCCAAAAGGAAGCUUUUGUUUCCUCAAGACUGGAGGAAGCACAAAUGAUUAGUCUGGGCUAGAUGUCUAAAUUCUAGGUAGGGUAAAGGUCAGGAAGAGGAGUAGCUCCCCCUCAUCUAAAUAUCCAGAAGGGUUUUGCAUUUGCUUUGCUCUUAAGUGCCUGUUACAUUUAUUCUUGCUUUUUCUUUUUUUUUUUUUUUUUUUUGUUUGAUCCUAUUUCUUUUUUUAAAAAGUAACAAAUGGAACACCUGCUCAAAGUGAUUUAGAUGAGACUUUUUUUCAGCUCUAUACAUGAAAUUUGUACAGCAGAUCUUUAUAAGGUCUGCGUUUUAGGAUUACAAUUAAUUGUAGAGUAUCCCAAACUGUCUAGCUCUUAGGUUGCAUGUAUGGCGACAGCCACUAUGAUAAGAAGUGGAGUUGCUGGGGAUGAAAAGGCAGAACCAUUACAUGAUUAAAACCAGUAUGACUCCAGCCAGUACUGCAAAGUAUAAACCUGGGUUCUCCUCAGAUCUGAACUGGCUGUUUGAAAUUAUUUCAUAAAUUGGCAUUUUCUCUUGACAGCUGAGUAAAUUGAGACAGACCAGUUAGUACGACUUUGUUGAUGUUCUGAGAACUCAUGAAAUGCUCGUGAUACACAACUGCAGGGCAAGGAAGGGGCAAAUAAUCUGGUGAUAGAAAUUUGGGCCAUCUGCCUGAGGUGGCAGGAUUGGUGUUAUUAAAAUUAAAGAUCCUGUUCUUUUAUCUGGCCCUGCUUGGUUAAUUGGCUAAAAUGAAUAAUUCAUUCUGGAAAAUAUUGGAGUUCUCAUUGCCUUGGUGUGAAAUUUAGCGGGCUGAAGUUUCAAGACUUGCAGGUGGAAAAAGGAUUCUUGCAGUUGAGAAGUCCUGAAUAGCACUCUCCUUAUAAUGUAACAUAUACAUAUUUAUGCGUAUAUAUACACAUACAUACUGUACUGUAUCAACACAUAUAUGUGCUGAGUACUUGUGUUCUUUGGCUUUAACUGGUACUCUGCUUUGUUUAAUUGCAGUUCAAUAUAAAAGACUCUGGCUGAUUAAGCUUCGAAACCCAGCCAUUCCUUGGGUAGAAAUGUAAAAGUCCAUAAGCGAUUCUAGGUGAUUUGGAUAUGAUACACUUGGAGCGAUGUAAAUUUGAUGAAUUUCUGCAAUAUAAGUCCCAGGCCUUGGUGAAGAUGAGCAUAUUCUUGCACUAACACUGCAGUUCUAUAUUGCAGCUUCUGAAAAUUACUUAGAGUAAAAGAGAAAUAGAUUGCCCCACGCUUUGUAAAGUAGUAAGAGCUACUCCCUAAGCAGAACAACCAUACAAUGACUUUCCUAGCUCGAUGUUGUAUUGCUUAAGCAUUGGCUGUAAUUCUAACAAUCAUCUGGUGGUUGACUGGGACAGGUUUUUUUGUCUGUUUCUGUUUUUGUUUUUGACUAUUAUCAAAGAAAUGCUUGUAUUCAGACUGUAGCUUCUCUUUCUCCUCCAGUUAUGAAAUGGUUUAACUUUAUGUUACUAAUAGAAAUAUUUUCUUAAGAUUAUAAUCUGUUUGACAGCACAGGGUACUCAAAGUGGGGAGUGUUUGUCCUUGGUCAUCACUACUGUGGGUGAAUAUGAGAAGGCAGACUGGAGGUGUAUCUUAACAUCCUUACCUCUCUUUAACAAGUGGGUUAAGCUGGUGCCUAAUUUUUUGUGCAUUUCUGAUUCGUACCUUUUUUUUUUUUGUCAUUCCCUCAACAUUUUUCUGCUCCCUGUGGGGGGGACACAUUGGUGAGCAACUAGUGUGUCCAACUUUAAGUAGCCUGCUGUUGUCCCAGUUUGCUUGGGAUGAGUGUUUAUCUUUCAAAGGGCUAGGGGAGUUACCUCUAUUUGCUGACAAUGCAGCCACUUGAGACAGGCAAUGCUGACCACAAAGUUGGCGUGAGGGGUGAGGGCAAGUGGAGGUGGGUCAAUUGAAGGCUGAGGCAUACCAGUUGUGAGUAAAUACUGCCACACUCUUUGUCUUUUUGUUUGUUGGUUUUGGGGUUUUUUUUGUACAUGAAUAAUAAUAAAAAAAAAAAGCAUAUUUUGCACUGGCUCUUGUACUGUUGUGCAGAAGAAAUCUGUAUCUAGAAUCUGUGCUCCAGUCAAAAUGCAAAUAAACCUGUUUGUAAGAA